GUUGCUUUGCUUCGGUGUCUCUCACCUUAAUCUUAAAACCAGAUAAGCGCAAACAAAUCUCUCUCUCUCUCUCUCUCUACUUUUAAUACAUUCAUUAUUAUAUUUAUGAUUGAUGAACAGUUCAGUGUUACUUCCUUUGAUUUUUCGAUUAAUGCUUAUUUGAGCUUCUGCAAUGAACUCAAAGCUUUAAUCUUGAAGUAAAAAAGGUAAUAACAAUAACAAUAGAAGAAGAAUGGGGACAAAGUUUCCCAUGAUUCAGUUGAGGACAUCACUUAUCACACCCAGUUAUGUCAUUUCUUGCAACAGAUCAAAGCAUUCUAGAAGAAUACUUUCAGAGCAAAAAUUUUCAUUCAAGUCUCUGGGGGAUAGAUUGAAGCUCAAUGACAUAACUGCUAGUUCUAUCCAAGAAAGAUUCAAUGUACUGCUGUCGAGGACUCAAUUUUUUUUCAAUGAAGUGACUUCUCCGCUUGCAAAAUCUGGUCAAAGUAGGAAGCCUGAUCCUGAAAAUGAUCCCGGAUUUCAAGUUAUGGAAGAUAUAUUUAUGGUAGAGCAGACGAUUGAUCGCAGAACGCCAUAUGGGAUUCUUUCUCUAGCUGCUGUUAUAUGUAUUGAACAAUUCAGCAGGAUGAAUGGAUUGACUGGGAAGAAAAUGAAGAAUAUUUUCGAAACACUUGUUCCCUUAACUGUAUAUAGCGAUGCCCGCAAUUUGGUUGAAUACAGCUGCUUUAGAUUUUUGUCAAGGGAUGGUUCUGAUGUUCAUCCUUCCCUCCAGGAUCCUGCUUUCCAGAGGCUGAUAUUCAUAACUAUGCUUGCCUGGGAAAAUCCUUACACUAAUUCCCUUUCCAGCAAUGUAGAGAAGGCUUCCUUACAGAGUAAACUUGUCUCCGAGGAGGCUUUUGUUCGUAUUGCUCCUGCAGUCUCUGGUGUGGUUGACCGUCCUACAGCGCACAUUCUUUUUAAGGCUCUUGCUGGUGAAGAGGGAAUUUCCAUGAGCAUGUGGCUAACUUACAUUAAUGAGUUUGUCAAAGUACGUCAAGAAGAGAGGUCAUAUCAGAUUCCAGAGUUUCCCCAAAUUUUGGAGGAGAGAGUUUUGUGCAUUGGUUCCAACAACAAGCAGCCUGUUCUGAAAUGGGAGAAUAAUAUGGCAUGGCCUGGAAAACUCACUCUUACUGAUAAAGCAAUCUAUUUCGAGGCAGUUGGCUUAUUGCGAAAUAAGAGAGCCAUGAGAUUGGAUCUUACAUAUGAGGGAUUGAAGGUAGAGAAGGCAAAAGUUGGGCCUUUAGGGUCUUCACUUUUUGACUCUGCUGUUUCUAUAUCUUGUGACUCGGACUCGACUUGGUGGGUGCUGGAAUUCAUUGACUUGGGAGGUGAUAUGAGGAGGGAUGUUUGGCAUGCAUUGAUUUGUGAAGUCAUUGCUUUACACAACUUCAUUCAUGAGUAUGGACCUGAUGAUUUCGAUGAGUCAUUAUCUAAUGUUUAUGGGGCUCACAAAGGAAAGCAAAGAGCAACAACCACUGCCAUUAAUGGUAUAGCUAGACUCCAGGCCCUUCAACAUUUGCGGAAGUUGUUCGAUGAUCCGACAAAGCUUGUUCAGUUCUCAUAUUUACAGAACGCACCACAUGGUGAUAUUGUCCGCCAAACUUUAGCUGUUAAUUAUUGGGGAGGUCCAUUAGUUACAGGAUCUAUAAACACCCGCAAGCAGCCAGAAAAUCGACCUUCAAACGAAAUAGCUGAUAGCUUUAAUCAUGUUUUUGACAUCGACGGAAGUGUCUACUUACAUAAGUGGAUGAAAUCUUCAUCUUGGGGGUCUAGUACCUCUACUAGUUUUUGGAAGAACACUUCAAUAAAAGGUUUAAUAUUAAGUAAGAAUCUUGUUGUGGCUGAUUUAUCACUCACAGAAAGAGCAUCAAAAACAAGCAAACAAAAGUACCAAGUUGUUCAGAAGACUCAAGCCACCAUUGAUGCUGCAACAUUGAAAGGCAUACCCAGCAACAUUGAUCUUUUCAAGGAGCUAAUAUUUCCUAUCACCUUAACUGUCAAAAGCUUUGAAAAGCUAAGACACUGGGAGGAGCCACCCCUGACGGUUGGGUUUCUUGGACUUGCAUAUACAUUAAUUUUUAGAAACUUGCUGUCAUAUAUAUUUCCUAUGAUGCUGAUGGUCACAGCGGUUGGAAUGCUGACAAUCAGGGGACUUAAGGAGCAAGGCCGCCUUGGACGAUUUUUUGGUGGAGUCGCAAUACGUGAUCAGCCACCAUCAAAUACUAUACAAAAAAUUAUUGCUGUAAAAGAUGCCAUGCGCGAUGUUGAGAAUAUUAUGCAGCAAGUGAAUGUCUCGCUUCUCAAAAUACGUUCGAUUUUACUUUCUGGCAAUCCACAGAUAACAACGGAAGUUGCUGUGCUGAUGUUAACUUGGGCAACCAUUCUCCUCAUUAUCCCAUUCAAGUACAUUCUUUCUUUCCUUCUCUUUGAUAUGUUCACGCGGGAACUCGAGUUUCGGAGAAAAAUGGUUAAGAGAUUCAUGAAAAUCUUAAGAGAGCGGUGGCAUGCAGUUCCUGCUGCCCCAGUAGCAGUUUUACCAUUUGAAAAUGAAGAAUCUAAAUCAGAAAUUUCCUCAAAGGAACUUGAAAACAUAUCAAAGUCACAAAGAAACCUUAGCAGUGGUAAGUCCAGAUAGUGAUACUAUUUUCAGGGUUGCUUACAGAAAAUGUAUAGAUGUAAAUUUAUUUUAAUUUUUCUGUAAAUAAAAAUAAGAAACUCUUGUACUAGCUUUUGACUCUGGAUUUGUCAUAUUAUACUCAAUGCUUGAGUUGGACUCUUUUCAAUUUUAA